GUAAGCAUCGCCCUGUUACACCCUCUGACGCCCUCUUACGCCCUGUGUGACUCAUCGCUACCACCGCCUUAGCUCGCCUCCAGCUCGCUACUCGCUGGCCAUAUUGCCGCACCUCGUAUUUUGUUAAUAAAAUGUCUAUGCUCGUCUACAGUAGCUAUCUUACAGCUGUUGCGCUCGCUCCGGCACUCGCGCCAGCUUUUGCUCUCUCAGUCUCCUCCGUCGCACGGCAAUUGAGCUGCAGUCCAUCUGCACCAGUGCCGAUGGCAGUUCGUGGGCAGCAACGCGGGUUCUCAGGACCCCCCACCAACCCUCUCCGUCUAACAAUAUAAGCAAGCCCGACGACGAUUGCGUAGCUUCCCGCUGAACAAUUGCCAUGUUUUCGAGCAAAAAGAAAGCCGCCAAGGCAGAGAAACGAGCAGCCGUAAAGAAGGAAAAUUCGCCGCAGACGUACAAGGAGUUGACGGAAGAGUACGGCGAAGUAGAAGGAACACAGAAGGAAGAGAGCAAGUUCAAGCUCAUCCUGUCGAUACUGAGACAAUGUAUCGGUGUAAAAGACCUGGCGACGUUCCGGUUUAGUUUGCCGUCACAAUUACUAGAACCAGUCGGCAACCUGGAGUACUGGAACUAUGUCGACCGGCCAGAUUACUUUGCAGUAAUGGGUGACGCCGAGGACGAGGUGGGCCGCAUGCUUGGAGUGCUGCGGUGGUGGUUCACAAAAGACAUUCGUUUUGUCCGGGGCCGUGUAGUCAAACCUUACAACUCAACUUUGGGCGAGUUUUUCCGCUGCCGGUGGGUCAUCAAUGAGCCUGCGGUGCGUGACGACGAGACCAUCGACCCUUCUUCGUCACAGCUGAAUGUUUUGGCAAAUCCGUCCACCGAGUCGACCAAGUAUCUCGAAGGAAACAACUACCGGAAGGCCGUAGACACGACGGCUGCGCCGUCGGGCAGACUGAGCCGGUUGAGCAGACAGACAGCUGGUUCUCGGGCAAGCAAGCCGCUGAGGGACAGUAAUUCUUCGAACGACGGCGGUUCGUCGACACGAUACUCGACGGGUUCAUCGUCAUCAUCCACAGCACAGGAACACGUCGUCGUUUUCAUGGCCGAACAGACCUGUCACCACCCGCCCGUCAGCGCGUACUACGUUUGUUGUCCGUCCAAGGGUGUCGAGGUGUACGGUUUGGACCAAAUUGCAGCCAAGUUUACCGGCGGCUCUAUACGUGUCCUUCCAGGCGGCCACAACCGCGGCGUCUACGUUCGUUUCCCUGAACGCGACAACGAGGAGUAUCUGUGCACACACCCUUCUGGGUCUGUGGGCGGCGUUCUGCGUGGAAACAUGCAUAUCAACAUGCACGAUUCCACCUUUAUCACCUGUCCCAAAACAGGUCUGAAAGUAAUUUUGACAUACACUGAAGAAAGCUGGUUGGGAAAGCCAAAGAGUCUCGUCAAUGGUGUAAUCUUCAAGUACGACCCGAAGGAUGAUAAAUAUCAUACCAUCAAGUCGGUGCCGAGCAGCCUAAUCCUCGCCAAAUUUCACGGCAGCUGGCGUAAUUGUAUCUUUUAUGAACUUGCUGAGGAGAAGAAAACGCGAGUGCUCGUCGAUAUCAACGAGCUUGAUAUGGUGCGUAAAAAUUGUCCGCCGCUGGACGAACAACUCCCUUUCGAAUCUCGCAAGAUUUGGUUCCCUGUGACAGAGAACAUUUUUUUGAAACGUUACUCUAAGGCUACUCGAGAAAAGAUAGCCAUUGAGGAUGAGCAACGAAAACUUGCAGCAGAGCGCGAGAAGAAUAACCAAAAAUGGGUUCCCCGAUUUUUUGAAGAAGGCGACAACGAAGGCCGACCGACACUUUCGAAAGCGGGUCGUGUUGCCUUGCAACGUAUGAUUGAGGGAGAUACCGUGCUGGAUGAUCUCGUCAAACUGUAAUUUCUUAUUGUUAUCGAAAUGAUGUGAAGGACGUUGCGGCUUCCUGCCACUGGUGAGUGAUGAACAGUGAACAGCUUCUCACUGAGAUCUCUUCAAACAUCGGUUUUUGCGCUUGAACAUAUCUUGCAGCCUCAAAAAUGGCGUUGUCAAUGACGUUGUCUUUGGAACGGAACAGUCAACUUCUUUUUCACAUACACUGGUGUCACGCAUUUGUUUCUACGUUGUUCCAUCUUUUAUGUAUUCCAAGUCCUGGACCUUAGCUUUAUGUGCGUUAGGGUUUUGGUGCUUGUUAUGAGUCGAUUAACUUUUUGUUUUGUUUUUUCGCACAUGAUGUAUUUCUUUUCCUUUUUUGUUACUCCCACUAUUCCUGUCACUUCUAUUAUUGCACCAAGCAAUGGCUUUGAUAUGUGUACAAUAUAUAAGCAGAUGAUGAUAUUCUCAAUUGAAUGAAAUGUCUCGAGUUACUCAGUUACAGUUAGUGUCGUCAAACUAAAAGUUCUACUACUGUAGUUUUAGUCGGUAUAGAUGAGGAGGAAUGGUGUUUGUUGUAGUUUAUGGGAAUUUGUUUUGCUG